AUGAAUUAAAAUUUUUUCGACAGUGCUAACCUAAAAUAACAACUCUACAAGGCAUUAUCAAAAUACAAUGGACCGACCACCUCGACUCCGAGUAUAUUGUCAGAAUAUUUAUCUUCUGCAAAAACAUAAACAUCAAAUAAUAAAUACAACUCUAAUAAAGUGAAACCUUUACUCAGUCCAUAAAAUAUUAAUAAGCCUAUUUAAAAUGAAUCCCUGAGAAUCAAGACUUCUACACUUCACUUCCCCCAGAAGCAAAUGGUUUCCCAUCACAUCAAAAGUCUAUCUUCCGACAUCAAACAGUAACCACAACCUCCAAUAAGAAGGAGAGGCAGAUAAGAAAAAAUGAUAUUUUAAUCUGAUUCUUCGUAAGCUCCAUUCCUGAUCAUCUAAAAUAAAGUCAGAGAUACAAGAAGACUGGAUACUUUCAGAAAGAGUACUUUGCCUUCGUUGCAAUUAGAAUCUCAAAGAAGUAUCUAAAACACAUCUCAUCGAAUUACAGAUGUUCCUUUGGUCCCUAUUCAACAAGUAACAGAAAUUUAAGAUUCAAAAAGCCAACUUUUUCAUGAGCCAGAAAAAAUAUGUCUUGAUUAAGGAAACGCUUUAAUUGAAAAUCAAUUUUUAGAUGAAAACUAAAAAGCCUCUGAAUUAUUCAAUUUAUUAAAGAGAAAGGUGAGUAUUACUGAGCCAAAUGACUUAAUUGGCCCUCACGAUCCUACUGAAUAACAUGAAGAGAUCUUAAAGACUGACAAAGAGGUUACUUGGGAUGAGGAUGAAUUACAAUCAUCGAAUGCGAUGAAAAAACUGAGUGUCAAAAUGAAAUUCAAAAAUGUAGUCUCGUAAUAAGUGCAGAAUAUGUUUAAAAAUAGAGAAUUAAAAUCAUUAUUUACAGUCAUAAUUUCACCUGAAUUCAGUUCAAAACAUGAGGAGGAAAGACAAAAAAUCAGUGAUUAAUUUGAAUUAGGAAAUUUUAUAUUAGCAAAGAAUUUGUAACCAACCAAAGAUAACUGUAAGUCUAGAAAAACGAUUAAAUGUAUUAAGGAAAAAUAUAAUUUGAAAUACAGCCAUAAAAUUAAUACUAUUGUUUAAAGUCAAUUACAAAAACUACAUACUACAAAUAAAGCAUUUUAAAGAAAAAUUUAAAUGAUUAAAUCCACUUAAUGGACGACUAAAGAGUGUGAUUAACCAUAAUAAUAAUAGUUUUCUUUAUUGAACAAAUUUAAAAAACAAUCUGUAUUCUCAAAUCAAAUUGGAUUAGGUCCAGUAUUAUACAGUAAUUAAGACAACAUUUUACCUAAUUUAAUGGAUGAUACUAAUAAAAUCACUAUCACAAUUACUAAUACUCUGUUAUAAGAUGCACUUCUGGAAUUCAAUAAACCUAGAUUCAUUGUUCAUAUGGAUAGUAUCAUAGAUGAAUAAGUAAUUCAACCAAUCUCACCUUCUAAAAAAGCCAUCUAGCAUUCCUCCUCCUUACACUCAUCCUUCAAAUUGUAAAAAGUAUAAAAUUCAGCAUCUUAAUCUGUUAUUAUCAAUAAAGAUCUUAUAUCUAAUCAUAAUGCAUAUAAUAGUAUUUAAAAUACAAAUGCUAUUGAUGAAAACAGCAAUUUAGAUUUUAAUUAAGAAUAUUCUAAAUCAAAUUUAUAUGUGAGACUAUAUUAUCAAAAUAGAUUGCAUAAAAUGCCUUAAAAGAUUUCUUAUACUUAACAUCAUUUAAAGGAGAUUGAAGAUGUGUUCUACUAAUACUCCUCUAUGAUAACUGGUUCUUAAAUGUAAGUGUUUUUCAUUAGAAUUAGUUCUUUCUAAGCAAGUCAGCAGUUCACAAGAUAUUCUAAAUGCAUCGAAAUAUUUAAUUUGUUUUAAGAAGUGCAAAUAGUUCUUGAGAGAUAUGAUGUUCUCUAAAUUAGAAGGUAGUUCUCUUUCGACUUCGAUAAUUCAAUUAGUCUACUAUCUAGUUAAUCAGAUUAGAGUGCUUCAUUUGAUAAAAUUUUAGAAGAGCCCAAUCAAAAUUAGGACUGUAAGUAGAUGAUAGACAUGAGAGCAAAAUGUAAAACAUUAUUCAAUCAAUGA